UCAACGAUCUUUUUCUCCCCUGCACAUCUUUCUCUCCCCUUGCGCAUCUUCUCCCCCAGCGCACGCACCUUCUUCUCCCUUCCUCUUCGCACUGGAAUAACCAACCAAAGCUUCGACCCUACUGUUGCUGACAUGAAGUCCUCUGCCACUGGCCACUGCCCAAUCGUACCCAUCGUCGCCGGAGACGCGAAGUCCGCCGCCGUCGCCGUCAUGACGUCGGAGAUCUUCUCUUCUUCGAAGGUAGCAGUGCGUGGUUGUUGAAAGCAACGAACCCAACUGUAGUAGUGAAAAAAAUGAGAUAAAGGCCGGUAUUGAGCAGCUCGAUCAUCAACCUUGACGUACCACGGAUGAUGCGCAAAACAUGAGGGCCGAUGGAAUAUGAAUCAAAAGUGUUGUUUGGGCAUAUGGACAAAGGAUGGUUCCAUUGUGCAUAUGUCUUUUUGCCAAAGAUCAUAGUUUUUAACCUUAUGGCAGGAAUACCCAAUACCUACAUACUCAGUGGCGGAACCAGCCCGGGGAUAUUGGAGGGGCACAUAUCGGGAAAGGAAAGGUCUUCGGCAAGACGGGCAACUUGCUACGACUCUAGAUUUCCGGUCUCCGGCAAGAUCGGCCGUCGCAAGAGGAAAUGCCGAAGAGGCUGCGACGCUAUGAGCCGUACGGAAGCGGCUGCGUUCGCCGUCUAAGCUGUUGUGCAUGGCUUGCUGCUAAACGGGGGUUUCCGAAAGGCGGGAAAGGGAGCCGAGCAGCUUUUUAUUUUUAUUUUCUUUUAUUUUUAUUUCAGUGGUUUGAGAACGGUAAUAAAUGUCGGGAAAAUAUGACAUGUAUAUUAUUAAUAGAGUUCCCCUUGAUAAAACUAUAACUAGUUAUGUAUUUUGAACAAAAAUAUGACUCGUCACUAUGUACGAGUAAUUGAACAAGAGUCAUUAUAGCGCAUUUCAAAG